UGUGACAGUUGUCCUGACAGUAGUACAAUGACAAAGGACAGUAGAGAAGUUUAGCUUAAUAUUUGAUAAAGUGGGAUUUACGAUACGAUAACGAUAAUACUUUAUUGUCAGACAGGUCUGAAAUUUGUUUUGCAUCACAGCAGACUAUAGUCAGCUGGAAAAAGCUAGACUGAGACAAUGAGGAUAUCACUGAAAGUCAUCAUUUACUUGAUGACAGCUAGUGUGAGGCUACUGUCUGUGACGGGACAAACAGGCGGUAAGUACAAUGAAGAUGUAAAGCAUCAUGCAAAAUACUUUUGUAGAGACGUGCAAGCUUGUUGGAUGUCAAAAUAAAAUGACGGCUAGAAAAAACUCAUCUAGCAGCUCAUAGACCAGUCAGGGAAAGUACAUUGAGGUAUUUUUAUUUUCUGCUACUUUAUACUUCUUCUAGACUAAAAUGCAGAGGAAAAUGCAACUUUUAUUCCACAACAUUUAUCUGACAGCUAUAUAUAUUAGUUACUUUGCAGUUAAUUAAUGUACAUAAAAAACACAUGAUCAGCUUAUAAAAUAUGUUGCAUAGUUAAAUAUUGAACUAUCCAGCUGUAUGGUUAGUUAGCUUUAUCAUAAUGAAUUAUAAAAAGUUAAUAAUGUAUUAUUUCUUAGUUAUUAUUUAAUGAUCUUUUUCUCAAUCGGCGUCUUGAGUGACGGGGUGAUAUACUGUAUAUACACACUAUUUUCUUCAAAAUUUACAACAGUUUUGUUUAUUUCACGUAAGAGAUUUCUGUGUUUGUGGUUAGAAAAAUAAUCCAAUAAUUGAACAUAUUAAUCAUUUACGUUUUCAGACGGGGACAAUACAAUAGUGGAAAAAAAGUGUAACUCUCCAGCGAUCAUUGACAGCAAUGAGUGCAAUGGGAACGAUCUUUUCAGUUGUGUCAUGCUGAUACAAGAAAAAGACAAGGGGGCACAUGUGAUUGAAUGCAAGUUUUAUAUAAGCGAUGAGUACAUCAAUAAUUUGGACCCAGACGACUCUGGCUGCUCUUGCGAGUCAGCGCAACCCGGAACCCACCACUCUGUAGCUGAAGAAAACAUCAAAUCAGACCUUCCAACUCUGCAGAAAACAACAACACCAAUAGUGAAGUCAGCUGAAAAACUCACCAAAACCACCGAAACAAACCCUACACGUCAGCAGAACACAGCAUCAUCUGCAACCUCUAAAAAACGUUCUGGUGACCCCAUGAAGCCAGGUGAAAUUGCUGCUGCGGUAGUGUGUCCGGCAUUGUUACUGACACUUGUGCUCGUGCUCAUACUGUGCAGACACAAACUCCCCAGGACACAAGUAUGUUGUGCUGCAGGGGGAUCAUCAGAGCAGAGGACAAAUGCUGAACAUAACACAGAGGGAAAUCAAGGAGAUCACCACUAUGAGGAGAUACAGAUGCAGAACCAGCAGGCAAGCUCAGGAGACGCAUUGCCGUCCGUUUAUGCAACCGUCAACCUUCCCGUAGACCAGCUCCAAUAUGCCGGCAUCAAGUUCCAGGAGAAGUCUUUCAUUGUCUCGACAGAUGGGAAUGCACUCCCUGAGGCAAAUAAAAACGUCUCCUCGGCCUGUGUCAACUCCUCUAUCAGUAGCUCUCAGGGUGAUACCCAUCCUCCAGCAGCACAGCAGACUCUCUAUUCUACAGUCACAAUCGCAAAGCCUGGGAAAGCAUGA